GCAUCACAGCCUAACAAACACUUUAUGAAAUGAGAGCUACUGAAGCAAAGCUUCAUCCCACAGUCUAAGGCUUCCAGCUGCAUCUGCGGUUGCUUUUCUGAUGUUUUACUCUUUCUGAUGCUGGUGUGUGGACUGCCCCGUUGACUGACAUCCAUAACAAUCUAUACUGUCACGCUAGCAGCAUCAAUCUAAAUCUUUGAAAAAAGGAAUAAUUUGGAGUAAUCAUGUCAGACAUUUUACUGGAAGAAGUUUUUAUUAAACGAUCUCAGCAAAAGAAGAAAACCUCACCUUUGAACUACAAGGAGAGAUGGUUCAUUCUAACUAAGGAAAAGAUUUCGUACUAUGAUUUUGAUUCUGAAAAAAUGAGGCGAAAAGGCCUGAAAGGUUCAGUUGAUCUGGAAAAGAUCAAGUGUGUGGAGACGGUUCAGCCUGAAGCUAACACCCCACAGGAGCGCCAGUUUGCAUUCCAGAUCAUAUAUGAUGAAGGGCCGUUGUACAUCUUUGCAAAACAUGAAGAAGUUCGGGCUGAGUGGAUAAAAAAGCUGAAGGAAAUGGUGCGCUUCAACAAAGAGCUGAUGCAGAAGUAUCAUCCCUGUUUCUGGGUGGAUGGGGUGUGGCUUUGCUGCCAGCAGGAAGUCAAGCAAGCUAUGGGCUGCAAAGUACUGGAUUCAAAGAAUGGCUUUGGGUCGAGACGGAGAGUAUCCAGGAAGCCUCUACCUCCAACCCCAACAGAGGAAAAGCCUGCGUCUGGGCCUGGGCUUGUUCGGCCUUUACCUCCCCAGCCUCUAGAGCCACCAGCCUCCUCCUCAAUCCUGACUGUCAUAGCUGAAUAUGACUACUCACCCAUGACCCCCCAAGACCUGGAGCUGAGGAAGAAUGAGGAGUAUAGUAUUCUGGAGAAGUCCGACGCCAACUGGUGGAGAGCUCAAGACAAAUAUGGAAAAGAAGGCUAUAUACCAAGUAAUUAUGUAGUGGAGGCAGAAAAGGGGCUUGAAAAAAAUGAUUGGUAUUGCAAGAACAUGAACCGUAGUCAAGCAGAACAUCUGUUAAAGUCAGAGAACAAAGAUGGAGGUUUCCUGGUACGGGACUCGAGCAAAGCUGGGAAAUACACCGUGUCUUUGCUCACUAAGGGAGGAGGGGAAACAAGUGGAGUCUGUAAACAUUAUAACAUCUGCACAACGCCACAGGGACAGGUUUACCUGGCAGAGAAGCAUCACUUCAACACUAUCCCAGAGCUCAUCAACUAUCACCAGCACAACGCAGCAGGUAUGGUUAGCAGGCUGAAACAUAUUGUAUCCAAUCGACCAAGUCCUCCAUCAACAGCAGGACUCGGCUAUGGCGUGUGGGAAAUCGAUCCCCGUGACCUCACCUUCAUCAGGGAGCUGGGCAACGGUCAGUUUGGGGUGGUGAAGUAUGGAAAGUGGCAAGGCCAGCAUGAUGUGGCCAUCAAGAUGAUUAAAGAAGGAUCCAUGUCAGAAGACGAUUUCAUAGAAGAAGCCAAAAUCAUGAUGAAGCUUCGCCAUGAGAACCUGGUGCAGCUGUAUGGCGUCUGCACCAAACAACGGCCUAUUUACAUCGUGACUGAGUUCCUCGCGAAUGGCUGCCUGCUGACAUACCUCAAGGAGGGUCUAACGGUUCAUCCAACGACGGUCCAGCUUCUUGAGAUGUGUAAAGACGUCUCUGAGGGCAUGGCCUACCUUGAGUCCCAGCAGUACCUCCACAGAGACCUGGCUGCCAGGAACUGUUUAGUAGAUGGGAACGGUACAGUCAAAGUGACUGACUUCGGCCUAUCAAGAUACGUUUUAGAUGAUGAGUACACAAGUUCAGCAGGUUCAAAGUUCCCCGUUCGCUGGUCGCCACCAGAAGUCCUUCUCUACUGCAGAUUCAGCAGCAAAUCAGACAUCUGGGCCUACGGAGUUUUAAUGUGGGAGGUGUACACUCUGGGUAAACUUCCUUAUGAACGCCUUAACAACACGGAAAUAGUGGAUCAGGUGUCCAGAGGUAUGCGUCUCUUCCGCCCCCAGCUGGCCAAUGAAAGGAUCUACAGCAUCAUGUCAAGCUGUUGGUCGGAAAAACCGGAAGAAAGACCCACUUUCCAGGAAGUGGCCCUGACUGUCCAGGAUUUAGAGUGA